AAUUUAUGGCUAGUUCAAGAGGGAAAGGACCAUGGAGCUGGAAGGUACAGCUAUGGCUUGUCUGGAGCUCCAGAUGUCUGAGGUGCCAGCUGGGAUAUGGGAACAUCAGACCAAAGCCCUGCUGAGCCUGAGGAGCUGUUUCCUAUUCCCUUGGUGCUGCUGUGCUGGCAAUUACUGCCCACGGGGACAAAGGCAGCGUCCUCCCGGGUUCUGCUCUGGCAACUGGGGACAAAAUAGCAACUCCAAAUUCACUGGUGCACCUGUGUUCCCAUUUUCAGUCCUCCAGAAUCUCUGACCAUAAAGAUGGAGCAAAGUGUCAGACUCGGUCUCCUGCUCCAGUUCCAAGCUGUCCAGCUGCUCUGAAAACUUUGUCCCUCCUUUCUGCUGAUUUAAAGGUUUGUGCAUGUAACUGGUAACCCUGACAGUGCAACCCACAGCACCCCACGAGGCUGGACACAAAGCAGCUUCUUGCUCUGAGUGCCAGUGAAGGGAAAUAAGUGUUCCCACAUCACACAAAACAAGGUUUCAGCACAGUGAAGUAAAACCACCAAAAAAACCCAUACGAAAUGCUGUGCCCGUGGCAGUUUGUGUUCAAAUCUCGUGCUGCCAGGAGCCAGUACCCCAGGGAGAAGGAUAUCAACAACAACGUGGAGAAAAAUAGGAAGAUCCAUGGCUCAGAAAAGGAUGAUGCCAAAUUGCAGAAUCCCAGCAAGAAGCAGAUGGAGAGGCUGCCUGUCAUAACUUCAGCAAAGCCCAGCGAGGGAGGAGAGAAUCUCCCUCCAAAUGACAUCAAAGUUUCAAAUCAAAUAUCAGGAUGUCCAAGACAUGUAAGAGUAAGAAACUUGGAAAAUGGAUCCAGCUUUCUUGACACACUACACCUGACUGCAAAAGAGGUUAUCAAUUGCCAAACCAAAGCCUGCCAAGGGUCACUCAUGACCCCAAAGGGCCUGGUGAGAGGUACCAGAGAUGGGCCAGUUCCACCAGAGGAUCUUUUACCUCAGGCAAGAGACUUCCUCAAGCAAUAUUACAGUUCAUUUAAAGAGCCAAAAAUCAAAGAACAGCUGGGCCGGCUGGAAGCAGUGACCAAGGAGAUAGAAAGAACAGGAACCUACCACCUGACCAAGGAUGAGCUGACCUUUGCUGCCAAGCAGGCCUGGAGGAAUGCACCCAGGUGCAUCGGGAGAAUCCAGUGGUCCAACCUGCAGGUGUUUGAUGCACGGGACUGUAAAACAGCCAAGGAAAUGUUUGAGCAUAUUUGUCAUCAUAUUCAGUAUGCCACAAACAAUGGCAAUAUAAGGUCGGCCAUCACGGUGUUCCCGCCGCGGACGGACGGGCAGCACGAUUUCCGCGUGUGGAACAGCCAGCUGAUCCGCUACGCUGGCUACCCCAUGCCAGAUGGCUCUGUCCUGGGGGACCCUGCCACUGUGGAGUUCACUCAGUUGUGCAUCGAGCUUGGGUGGAAGCCGAAAUAUGGCCGCUUUGAUGUACUUCCACUUGUUCUCCAAGCAAAUGGCCAAGACCCAGAAAUAUUUGAAUUACCUCCAGAAAUUGUCCUCCAAGUGCCAAUGGAGCAUCCAAAGUACGAGUGGUUUAAGGAUCUGGAGCUGAGGUGGUACGCGCUGCCUGCGGUGGCCAGCAUGCUGCUGGAGGCGGGAGGGCUGGAGUUCACCGCCUGCCCUUUCAACGGCUGGUACAUGGGCACCGAGAUCGGCGUGCGCGACUUCUGCGACGCGCAGCGCUACAACGUCCUGAAGGAGGUAGGAAGGAGAAUGGGACUGGAAACAAACAAACUGUCAUCAUUAUGGAAGGACCGAGCUGUUGUAGAGAUCAAUGUGGCUGUGCUUCACAGCUUCCAGAAACAGAACGUGACCAUCAUGGAUCACCACUCUGCCUCCGAGUCCUUCCUGAGGUACAUGCAGAGCGAGUACCGCGCGCGGGGCGGCUGCCCGGCCGACUGGGUGUGGAUUGUGCCUCCCAUGUCAGGCAGCAUAACCCCCGUCUUCCACCAAGAGAUGUUGAACUAUGUCCUCACUCCCUUCUAUUACUACCAGGUGGAUGCAUGGAAAACACAUGUGUGGCAUGAUGAGACCCGGAGGCCAAGGAAAAAAGAAAUAAAGUUUAGCAUCUUGGCAAAGGCUGUGCUCUUUGCAUCCUCGCUCAUGCGAGGGGCGGUGGCCACCAGGGCCAAGGUCACCGUCAUCUACGCGACAGAGACGGGCAAGUCGGAGACCCUCGCCAGCCACCUGUGCAGCCUGUUCAGCUGUGCCUUCAGCACCAAGAUCCUGUGCAUGGAUGAGUACAAUAUUUGUGACCUGGAAAACGAAACACUUCUUUUAGUGGUUACUAGCACUUUUGGAAAUGGAGAUUCUCCAGGUAACGGAAAGGCCUUGAAAGACUCCUUGCUCAGACUGAAACUGCUGAGAAAUAAAAUUAGGUAUGCUGUGUUUGGUCUGGGGUCCAGCAUGUACCCAGAGUUCUGUGCCUUUGCUCACACCAUUGACCAAAAACUGGCCCAGCUCGGGGCUUCCCAGCUCACUGCAGUGGGUGAAGGGGAUGAGCUCAAUGGGCAAGAAGAGGCAUUCCGCAGCUGGGCAGUCAGUGCUUUCAAGGCUGCCUGUGACAUUUUUAACAUCCGUGGGAGACACAGUAUUCAGUUGCCUGAGAUCUACACCUCUGAGGAAAGCUGGGACCCUGCCAGUUACAGAGUAGUGCAUGACUCCCAGCCCAUGGACCUGGCUAAAGCUCUUGCAAACAUUCAUGCCAAGGAUGUAAUUCCCAUGAAGCUGAAAUUCAGGCAGAAUCUUCAAAGUUCGAAGUCCAGUCGUGUCACCAUUCUGGUUAAACUUCACUGUGAGACUAACCACGAAGUGCACUACCUUCCUGGGGAGCACAUUGGGAUUUUCCCAGGCAACCAGGCAGAAUUAGUCCAUGGCAUCAUUGCCCGUGUCAAGGAUGCCCCUCCAGCUGGUCAGACCAUCAGGCUUGAAACCUGCAUUGAUGGUGGGUACUGGGCAAGUCACAAAAAGAUUCCAGCCUGCACACUACCCGAGGCUUUGACAUACUUGCUUGAUAUCACUACUCCACCCUCCCAACAACUGCUAAAAAAACUUUCCCAGCUGGUGACAGCAGAAGGAGACAAGCAGAGGCUGGAGGUGCUGUGUCAGAGCACAGAGGAAUACAAUAAAUGGAAGUUUUACAACAGCCCAAACAUCCUGGAGGUCCUGGAGGAGUUCCCUUCUGCUGAGGUCACCACAGCUUUCCUGCUGACUCAGCUGCCACUUCUGAAGCCCAGGUACUAUUCUGUCAGCUCCUCCUGCGACAUGACAGCCAGAGAGAUUCAUCUGACAGUUGCAGUUGUAAACUACAGGACAAGAGAUGGAGAAGGGCCUUUGCACCAUGGAGUCUGCAGCACGUGGCUGAACACAAUAGAGCUCAAUGAAACCGUUCCCUGCUUCAUCCGCAGUGCUAAUGAGUUCCACCUCCCCGAGGAGCCAGCCAAGCCCUGCAUUCUGAUCGGCGCGGGCACGGGCAUUGCUCCCUUCAGGAGCUUCUGGCUGCAGCGCCUCUAUGACCUGGAGCACAGAGGGCUCAGAGGAGGGGACAUGACCUUGCUGUUCGGCUGCCGGCAGCCAGACCUGGAUCACAUCUACAGGGAGGAGACUGAGGAGAUGAAGAGGAGGGGAGUCCUGAGAGAUGUCUACACAGCUUACUCCAGACUGCCCGGCCAAGAGAAGGUCUACGUCCAGGACGUGCUGCAGGGGCAGCUGGAGGCCCGCGUGUGCGAGGCGCUGCACGGGCAGCAGGGCCACGUCUACGUGUGCGGGGACGUGCGCAUGGCGCGGGACGUGGCCGCGGCGCUGCGGGCGCUGCUCGCCCGGGCCCUGCGCCUCAGCCCGCAGCAGGCGAACGAGUACCUCCAGCAGCUCAAGAGCCAAAAGCGAUACCAUGAAGAUAUAUUCGGGGCUGUGUUCCCUCAUGAAGUCAAAAGAGCUUUGCAACCCACCAGCUGAAGAACAAAUCCACUUGUGUUUUAGACAAUACUUGCACAUUUGUUGUUAUUUUCAAAAAACAAAGAGCCAAAUCCUCCUUCUUAUACUUGUUCAAUCAUGCAUGGGUAUAGGAUUGUAGGGUUUGACUAAUAAACCUCAGCCUUAAUUAAGUAAAAUAUUAAAUUUAACUUUUAUUGCUAUUUAUUCUGACAUUUUAAUACAUUACCUUAAUAGUGAAAGUGCAAAUUAUUUUUUUAAUACCAUCUAUGCUAGUAUAAUCUGGUGGAUUUUAUACAUAUUAGGAAAAUUACAGUUUUGUACUAAGUUACCUGGAGCUGAAAUCUUUUUUUUAAAUGUACUGUUUAUCUUUGUGACCUUAUUUAUAUCAGAUUGGUUUACUUGCAUAUUAUCUUCACUUGAAAGCAAGUGAAUGCAUGGUUGUGUUGCUGGGAGUUGUCUGGCCACGUGCCUGGAUCUGGAGCAAUGUUUGCAAAUGAAAUAAUAAUGUGCUGGUCCCCAAGUGGCACCACCUGCUGCAUCACCUCAGAUGUGUGUGCUCAGCAGGCAGCAGUGGGGAGCUGUGCUUUGUGGGACUCGGGUACACGAACAUCAGCUGUUGUUGUUACAGAGCCUACAGCAGGAAGGUUCCAAAAAUUCCAAAGCACUUUGUACAUUUGAAUUCUAUGCUCUGGUUUACUUGAUUUGUUUGUAAUAAAUCUGUCUUUAUACUCACACAAA